GGGGAGGGCUGCUCUUGCCAGUCGUUGUUGCUCCGGGCGACGGCGACAGCCCUCGUGUUAGCGAAAGCCGCGGUUUCUGAGAGAGAGGAUCUUUGAUGUCCACCUGAACAUCUAAGGAUGCAACGCUCCCUCGAGUGUCAACCUACACUAUGAGCUCAAAGUUCGAAAGUUUCAAAACUUCAGCCUGGCGGGUUCUACUGUUUCUACACUCUACCGGUGGACAGUCAACCAUUAUUGAAUCACCAAUCGAGGUUGUUCCGUGUAUUCAAGCUCCUGAAAUAAAUUAUGUCCGUGGAUUUGGGGACCUGGGUUUGUUGUGAGAAAGUAGCCGUUCUUCAUGGUGGCUUUCUGUUGGCCGAGAGGCAAAGCCAACCAAAAACUCUUUCUGAAAUGCAGAAGUCUGACUGGGCUGCUUUCGGACAACCUAUCCUUGACGCUGUGCAUGAGGUCUGCACUGGAGAGGCCGGUGCCAGAUGGGGACCUUCAGAAUCCAAGCUGUGGGAGAAGAAAGUGAUCGCCUUUCUGUGGGCAAAACUGUUCAACUCAAAUGUGAGUGCAAAGGGAACACCAGACUUUGAUGCUGAGGGUGACAGGAGAUGGAAGGAAGACCUUUUCUUCUCAGUGGAAAGUAUGAUUCCCAGUUUGAAUCACACGGUCCUUUUUGAGCUGUUGAAAGCGCUCAGGGCAUCCGAGACCUUCGUUGAGCUGCUUUCAGUGUUGCCAGCGGACACGAGGUACUCGGAGGUGAACCGGCUUGUGGAGCACGUUCUUGAUCGCACCUCCGAUCAAGAUGUGGCAUUCUUCUUAGACAUCUGGUGGGAGCUGAUGAAACACAGCGAAGGACAAAGGGACGAAAUUGUUCAAGCGUUUGGAUCCGAGAUUGCCAAGUACUUGGCGCGUGCAUCUGACGAAUGUUACCAUUCCUCAAAGAGACUCAAACUAGAUCCCUCCAUUUCCCACAGCUCCUCAGAGAACUCUCCUGGGUCACCGUGCGAUUUGUCCAUUCCAUCUCUUUUAUUGGAUGGACUGAAGAGAAUGAAACCUUCUAUAGCGCCUUAUAUUCUUAAGUGUCUGGCUUUAGCAAAGCUGUCAGAUACACUAUGUAAGUCGGUGCUUUACGAUAACAGAGUCGAAUUGCCUGCUGAGGCUUAUUUGCAGAAACUCACCAAACUGCUUGUGUUAGGGGAUCCCACCAUCCCAAAGUGCCCAGUUACGGAAAGUUUUGUCAGGCGAGUGAAGGAAGCAGAGAAAGAGUUGAGAGCUUUUUACAGAAUAUCCAACUUUAAGCUGCCCCAGGGCUUGCUGGCCUAUGGACUUGAAACGCUCGCCGACCUCUUGUAUUCCUGGUCGACCGAAGUUCAAAGUGAGCUUGAGAGAGAGAGAGACAUUCAGCAGUGCAGUCUUGACCUUUAUAGAACAGUGGAAAGUUUGACUCGGCUAAGCGAAACCUUUCAGAUGCUUCAAGAUUCUGAGACAGUGUCUGAAGGUGAAAAGAAGACUUGGUCAGAACUGCAGCAAUCACUAACAGGUUUCGUGCAAAGGGUUAACUCCCUUGUGCUAUUAGACGAUGCCGCCAGACAUCAAGUGGAGUUUCCGCUUGCCGUGACCACAAUUGAGGGGAGAAUGGAAAGAUACACAGAAAUAUGUGAAAUAUUUGCUUCUAAUGCCAACUGGGCCUUUUGUGAGGACGGCUGGCUGAAUUGCCUGGAGAGAAACCGUGAUGUAUUUCAGUGCACGGAUCUGGUGUUGAGGUUAGUCACAGUCCUGAUGGCAAAAUCCUGCCACAUUGCUAACCCAACGAAGGCGCCAAAAACCAGAUUAAAAAAUGUAAUUUUGAGUUGUUUCUCUGCACUUUCGAUCUCUGAUAAGAAUAAAGUGCUCUCGGGAGUACUGUCCUCCUACGGCAGUCAAGGACUUUGUAAAGAAGAAGGAGCCAUUAAGGAUGGAUUCCAAAAAGAACUGAACAUGGCAUUUAACUGCAUCACACAGAGCGAGACUGUCAAUAGCAUCGAUAAAGCCGUAACUGCCAUUGCAAGAGUUGCUCUUCUGAACCCAGAGGCCACCUUGGAAAAGGCUUGUCACUUGGCCGUAGUGAACCUUGGUGCCCAUAAACUGCUUGGCCAGAUCCUGAAGAAGCUGCCAGCCUUAUCGUUUGUGGACAAUCUCCUUUCUGCCCAGCCAAAUAUUUUAGCCAAGUGCCUACUAGAAACUGGUUGGGGCAACCUUAGCACCCCAAAAGAGGAAAAUCAGUUUCUUGAGCUCCUGACCUCUCUGAUGGAACCAGGAGAGAUUCUGGGUGACCAAACACCAACAGUCCCUCUUCUUCAACCAUCAGAAGCCAUCAAGAUUUUCGUCCUUCCUCAUCUGAUGGAAAAAUAUUUCAACGUAGACUUGGCCCUCAAAGUUCUCAACGGAGCCUUACAAAUCCCAGUGACCGACGAUGGGGCCAAGGAGCACUGGAUAGUGACCUGUUGCCCAUUCCCACUCAUAUUUGCUCUUUCUCAGCUCCUGGACAGCUGUGUCUCGUGCUGGGAGGCGGAGGAGGACGACAGUGAGGCUCCAGAUCAUAUCUCCAUAGAAACCAAAGGCUUGCUGGUCGAGGCGAUAGAAUGUGUGUGUGAUGCAGUCGGGCAGGUAGUCUCGACGCGCCCCGAGUCAUGGUCCACGUCAAUCUGUUGGUUAUAUCAAAAAACAGAGCUUUUGGACUGGUGCGUACGUCUCCGUUUGAAGAGCAUCUUCGGGGGCCAUUUCAAGUACGAGGUGCCCGCCACGCUGUUCGAGGUGUGCGAUCUUUCGGACGACGGCUGGUCACCGCUGCACCUCCCGCAGUACGGGCCGGGCACCGGGCUCCUGGCCUGGAUGGAAUGCUGCUGCAUCUCCACGCACAUGAUGGAGCAGAUGCUUUCCCACCUCACAGUCAACGCCAACAACAUCGAUGAGCUCAACAUGUUUAGCAAAGGUUUCCUCGUCGCGCUGAUCGAGGUGCUGCCCUGGUGCAGCUCCAGCGAAUGGAAACGUCUCAACCACGUGGUCCGGAGCCUCUUACAACGGGAACUGCUGCACGUGCCCUACACCCUGGAGUACGUCCAUCACAUGCCCCUGCUCAACCUGAGACCCUUUGCCCAUCACCUGCAGUUCUCUCAGCUCUUGCUGCGAGCGUUUCAGCUCAUCUGCAGCUGUAGCUGCGCAGACUGGCUGCCGACAGCGGGGUGGAAGCACGUGGUGAGGCAGUGUGCUGGCAGCAUGUCCGACAUCCUGGAGUCGGUGAAGUGUAAGGUGAAGGCGCACGGGACCCAGAACCACGACGCGAGCCAGGAAGCCGUAUUCGUCAUCAUGCAGCUGUUCUGCCACCUCCUUCACAUCAUGGUCAUGACGCCCAGCGGGACCUCUGACUCUCUCUACUUUGUAUCCUUGGAGCUGCUCUCGCAGUACGAAACGCUGGCGUUAGCCAGCACCUCGACCACCGGGUUACUCAACAAAGUGAACGAAAAGCACUUCCUGCAGACCAUUGCAGAGAAUCUGCCCGACGAGGAGCAGCGUUCCACGUUGCUGCAGAAAAUCAGCAAGCUCUAACAGGCUGUCUAAAAACGUCUAGAGCUGCUUUCAGUUGACGGAGUUUGACUUUCGCCAGAUUGGACUAAGAGAAAUCUAUUUCUAAAGGUGUCUCCAGUCCUCUCUUGAUGUCCUUAGGUGUGGUGAUUCUGCCGUGUAAGAGUCUGUGCCAAUUAAUCAAGUGAUUAGAGAGUAACAGAGUAAAGAGAGACACUCCAAACUACAUCAUUCUAUCCUUGAACUUUAAAAGUCUGGACAGAUUUGGAAUGGUGGCGAUUUGACUCAGGUAGAACAAACUGAUCAAAGUUUACUGUGGCAUUUGAUGAUUGAAUGAUUGAACUCGGCAACCUGACAAUGCAGUAAGAAAGCAAACAUUCCAAAGUGCUAUUUGUAGUUCUGAGCCUUACAGUUGCUAUAAAAAUAAAUCAUUUUAUGAAUACAA